ACUUAGCUUAUAAUUUUUUUUAUAGUUUGGUUAUUGUUAUCAUUAUUGAGUUUUCAGUUCCAAGCUAUCAUAUAUGUUUUUUUUUUUAGAUAUAUAUAAUUCGCUUUAUGCUCGUUGCUCUGUAAAAUUAUAUUAUUAUUAUGUACAGAUCUGCGACAUUCAAAUACUGCAAGGGAUUUAUGAAGAAUGAAAUAUUUUGAAAAACAGUAUUCAGAACGCAUAUAAAAUCUCAGUUUUCUAUAUACCCUUCCAUAUAAUGUGCACGUGUAUCUUUAAAUACGUUGAAAUAUGUUAUGCAAACGUUCAAAACACUUAAAAGAUAUUUUAUCCGAACGCAUAAAAUACUUUCAAAUAUUCCCUACAGAUACCUAAAAUACUUUAAAAUAUUUGAAUAGACUAAAAAAAACUCACACAAGCGCCUAAAACACCUUAAACCCUUUUUAAAGCAGAUAAGCAGACGGAGGAGUUAACUUUCCUGCAUUCCGGCGCGUGGGUCUCCCCCUCCAAGGUCCCAGCGGCAGUGGUGUUGUGUUUGAAUGGCCAGAAGGGGAGGCGGAGGUGAUGCUGCCUUGGAUUUCGGCUUGAUUUGCAGCAGUGAUGGCGGACCUGACCAACAUUCUGAAGAAGGUGAAGGCUGGCCAGGUGGAUGGCCUUCAGGACAAUGUCAGAGCAUUAUUAUCUACAUGCAGUGGGAGUGCGGAGAGUCAGCAGAUCCUCCGACACUGUUCCAGACUUGUUUAUGAGCAACAGGGAAUUGAUGUUCAAGUUUUCUCAGGCAUUGUGGAUAUUGUGAAUAUUUGUUGCAAACACCAGCAAGGACCUGCAACAGUUGAUGCAACAUUCCACCUCAAGUCUAUGUUUUAUAUUAUACUUAUUACUUCAAAGAGAAAAGAGUUACAUCAGCAUUUGAUACAGUUAGUGUCAAGUAUCAUCCCAUAUGUGCCACAGUGUGACACAACCAAGGGUGAUGGACAGGCCAUUGUCAAGAAUUUGUAUCAGAGUGUUUGGAAUGCAAGUCUCAGCCACAAUAUACCUGCUGAAGCCUUGAUGCUCCAGGGAUAUGCAUUACAGUUCCUCUUGGCUGCAGGAACAAGCAUUAAUAAAGUGUGUGAACAAGCUCUGAAGGCCGUAGCUAAUUUUGAGCAUGUUCAAAAAUCAUCUGACCACCUCGAGAAGUUCUUCCCAACUGUUAUUUCUGGUCUCAUGGAUAACAUGAAGAGGGGCGCUAAAGUGAACGGAGAUAUGGUGCUGUCCGUGUUCAGUGUUGUGGUAGAGUAUGCCAAAACUCUCCUCAGGCUGAAUAAAUGUGCAGAAUUCAGUGGUAUGGCAGGUCCUCUUGUAGCAGUUCUUGAGCAUAGCUGUGACCAGCAGACUGUCAUGGCACUCAAAGUAGGCUUGAAGCUGAUGGAAUUGGCAAUGGCUAUAAAACUGGGAAAGCGCAGCGAGGACAUGAUGUUGAAGUUCCUCCAGUCGUGCAGUGUUGUAUCGUCUUCCAUGGUGCCAAACAUGAUCUUGCUCCUCAGUCUGCUCUGCACUACUGCCAUGUUUGAACAGCAGCGGGGUAGAGAUGUCACGUAUAUGAUCAGUACGCAGCUAUUAGACAGACUUGUGGAAACUCUUCUUAGUAGGUGUAAUGCACCACUGACUGAUGAAAAUGUGAAGAAGGUAGCUACAGUCCUGUGUCAGCAGUUGGGUUUUUACGUUGAUCUCCAGAAGAAUUCCAGUGACCAGAAAGCUGUCCUGAAGCAAGCUCUACCCUGGGUCAACAGGGCCAAUUCCUUCAUCUCUGCCAACUGUGCCAAGAAGCCAGAUGCUAUUUGGCAGAUUUAUAAUGUUGGUGUCAAUGCUGGAAAUUUGGGAGUUUUGGCAUUUAAGGGAACCAUAUACAAUAUAGCAGAAAAGUUUCUGGAAACCUCUGUUGACAUGCUUGAUAUGUAUUACAGUAUGGCAUCAGAUGAUCAAAAAAAGACAGUUGCUACCUCGCUCCAUAAGAAGCUGGUGUUGUGGAGUGAUGCACUGAGGUAUAGUGGCUGUCACUGGGAUGCUGCUGUGGCUGCAGGAAGGGGCCUGCUCAGAAAACACUUGACCACAACAGACCUUGUUAACAUGUGGGUCAAGUGUAAAAGGGAUGCAGAGAGAACGGGCAAUAAAAAGUUGAAGGGAUUAACAAUAUGUGAUGUAGUGGGUGAAGCAAGAAGAAAGUUCCAAGAAACAGAAGGAGCCAACUUUAACAAAAUUGAAGCCCUUAAAUAUGAAAUUGAGAGUUACAAAAAACAAAGCCAGAACACAGCAGACGACCAGCUCUCCUGUGGAAGAGUCUUGGUGGAUGAGUGCAGGGGAACGGAAGACACUUUUGAGGCUAAGGUCUAUGGGCUCCUGGUGAUGGUGGAAGUGCUCUGGGUUCAACCUGAGCUUGCAGGAUCCAAUAGUGAGGCUGUAGACUUGGUCAAGAAAGCCAUUGCCCUUGUUCAGGAGACUAAGAAUAACAACAGGUACAGCAGCAGACUGGCAGAGCUGGAAGCCCUAGCAAACUUCUGGCUCUACCUUUGCAACCUUCAGCGGAUCCAAGAAACUGCAGCUGUGAGUUGACACUUUACCGUAUGGGUUGCCCCUAAAUUACCCCCCCAAAAUCUUACAUUGAAAGAGUAAUUUUCAG